AUGGUGACCACUUCUACCCUUCGGGGAGCCAUUCUCUCAACCCUCCUCUCCUCGGUCCCUCUCACCGCAGCAGCUAGCAGCAGCCCGCCAUCUCCCAACACCCUUCACUCCGACCUCACUGUCAUUGUCAACAAUGACCUCCAAGGCCCCUCCAGCCCGUCUGCCAACGCCUCCGUCCUCCUCCUUCCCAACUCACUUGCCUUCUCCCAAGCUUCCCAAUCCUGCUCCUCUCUGGGCGAAUCACUCUACUCUCCCGAGCUCAUUUCCACAUCAAGCAUCAAGUCCAACCUCGAUUACCUCAUCUACCGCUCCAGAAGAUCAUCAUCGCUCGGAAUAACAACCCUGUGGAUCGCCCCUUCGCCCAAGAACCCGUCUGUGCCGAGGGUGAUUGACGUUUCCCCUUCUGGCCGAAUUUCCGUCUCCGAAGUGAGGAGUGGCAAAGGUCAGGCAGCGAAGUACCCGGUCCUGUGCUCGCAGACUGCGCCGUUUUCCAACAACCAAGCUCAAGACAAGAGUGAGAAGUGGCAGGUUGGUGUAGAAGGGGUGAACGGCAAUGAGAAGGUCAUUGGAUUCAGGGAUAGGCUUUCUUUCCGGUUUCUGGGGUUGCGGUACGCCCCUAAGCCGGAGAGGUUCACUUACUCUACCCUGUACCGUGGAGAUGGCGGAAAGGGGAAGCAGAAGGAGGUGAGUGGGUUGGAGUACGGUAGCCAAUGCGUCCAAGGCGGUGGAGGAGCGGGACAAAGUGAGGACUGUCUGUUUCUGAAUGUUUGGACUCCUUAUCUUCCCGCAGCUGCCGAUGGUGGGAAGAAAGGAAAGGGCAAGGACGGUGAUAAGAAAAGGAAGGAUUUGAGACCGGUAGCCGUUUGGAUCCAUGGCGGUGCCUUCACUAGUGGAACUUCUUCCGAUUCAACCUUUGACGGCGGUAAUAUGGCUUCGCGAGGAGAUGUGGUGGUUGUUGCUAUCAACUACCGCCUCUCCACCCUGGGCUUCCUUGCGCUCGCGGAUGGAAAAACCAACGGCAACUAUGGCCUUGGUGAUCAGGUCACCGCUCUGCAGUGGGUGCGCGAAAACAUCGCCAAGUUCGGUGGUGACCCCGAUCAAGUAACUAUCUUUGGGCAAUCUGCUGGCGCUGGCUCCGUUCGCGCGCUGCUGGCCAGCCCCAAGACCAAGGGCUUGUUUAAGGGUGCCAUUCCGUUGAGCAACCUUGGUGGUAUCAACUACGGUACCACCUACAGCCGGUACUACACCAUCGCCGAGGAGACAGCCGUAGUCGGUAACGCCAUCCUCGCUGCCACCAAUUGCACCGACGUGGCCUGUCUGCGCCAGGUCCCUGCGGAGAAGCUUACCUCAGGCACCGUAGCCCGCUACCUCGUCGUCGACGGCACCUACCUCGUCUCCCCCGAGCUCGACCUCUCCCGCACCGCCGGCCCCAGCGGCAUCGACCUAAUGAUGGGCAUAACCCACGAUGACGGCGCCCCCUUCAUCAGCUACCCGUCCACCACCAACCAAACCGCCUACCUGCUCUCCCAAGGCUUCUCCCCCUCCCUUGCCUCGCCAUCCCUCUUCCCCAUCCCGCCAAACCCCAACGGCACCCUUGCCCUCUUCAACUCCUCGUCCUACCUCGCGACCGACGGCAUGUUCCGUUGCAUCGACCAAGCCACCGUGCAAGCCGGGUUGGCCAACAACCGCUUCUCGCGUGUUUUUUACUAUGAGUUCGACCGGACCUAUCAGACAGGCGGCUGGCCCAACCUGGACGUGUGCGAGCCUCCCAAGACAGCGUCGCACCCGUUCGGGGAUCCGAGCAAGCCGUAUCUGCGAUGCCACUCGGGUGAGCUGUACUAUGUCUUUGGCAACUUGGCCAGACAGGGGUUACCCGUGCGAGACGAGAUGGAUUUGCCGUUUGAACAGUUCGUGCUAGAUAGCUUUGCGAGCUUCAUCCGGACGGGCGAUCCGAAUCCUGAGAAGGGGUUCUUGAGAGCGAGGGGCUUUGAGAGUACGUGGAGGGAGGUGCAGAGGGGCGAGUGGGUGGCUAGUAGCAGGGGAGCGGGAGUCAAGUUGAAGGUGUUGGAUUGGCCUAGCAGGCUGGAGAAUGGGUGGAGGGAGGUGCAGCAGUGUGAGGGGAUUGGGUUGGGAGUGGAUUAUUACUUGUGA